CCCUUCUAGCCGUCCGGUCCAGGGCGUCCCCCGCCCCCCACGUGUCCGCAGCUGCCCCAGCCCCUCGGAGGAAACGGCGCCGCUUCCUGCGGCUCGGGCCGGGGAUAUAGGCGUCCAGCUCCCCCCGCCCUGGUCCCGGCUCUGGGUCCGCCAGCUGCCUCCCUGCUUCGGCUGCACCAUGGCCUCAAUCAGGACCGGUCGCUCUGCUUCUCAUCUCCCUGCGACCCCAGCCAGACUUCGAAGCCCCUUCUGGCUCCUCCUCCUGCUCUAUUCUAUUCUAAAUACCCAAGGCUCUGAUGCUCAGACAGUUCCUGAUGUCAACAACAUGGAAAUCUCUAACUGGCAGAACGAGGUGACCUCAGAGCAGUCAUAUGCACUAACAGCCAGACAAUGCUGGGUUUUCUAUGAAGAACACAUGGGAAACAUCAGCAGAGAGGACUGGUGUGAAUGGGACAUGAUCAGCAGGCCAUACAGCAACUUACAACACUGCCUGGAGAAAUUGGCAGAAAUUUUCAAACAGGGUUUCCCCAAUCCCUGGGCUGAGCAGAUCAUCUUCCAGAGCCACCAGAUGUAUUUUGCCAACUGCUCAUUAGAGCGCCGGCCCCUCUUCUUUGACCCCCCAGAAGAGGUGCUGCUUGCACUGAUCAUUGCUCCCAUCUGUCUCAUCCCUUUCCUUGUCACUCUGGUGGUAUGGCGGAGUAAGGACAGUGAGGUCCAAACAUAAAAUAUCUCCAUUCCUCAUCAAAAUAUCUCUUCCAAUUGACAGUUCCUUCCCUUCCCUGGGACUCUAUUCCAUCACCUCCACGCCACCCUGCCCUCAACCACCCCCUGGGGAAGCUCAAUCUGAACUUCUGGUGGGAAUAGGAGCAGAAAGGGAAAGACAAGUGGGGAAAUGGGCUCUAGAAUUAUCAUAAUAAAUAAAUCAAUUGUUGGGGGGGUUCCCUCUCGAAGUUCUCCAUAAA